GACCCCCAGGAGCCGCACUCGAGCCGCGGUCCCCGCACAUUGCGAACCAAAACGCGAAAAUGUCCAACUGAAGGGGGUCAAGUUAGUUGGUGCACCAGCCCAAACAAUAAAGUGUGUGCGUGAUCCAGUUCUAUUUUUUUCCUGAAUAGAUCGGGUGAGAUGGGUACCGUAUUGAGUUUUUCGCCUAGAGAGAGGCGACCAGUUUACACUACUGGUUCGACUGCGGAUUUCACAUUGAACAAUUUCUCCUACGAACAGUUAAACAAUGCGAAGAACAGGGAAACAAAAAUCAACAUCACCAACUCGAACAACCACAAUUUGAACAACAUCAACAACAAUGACAACGCCAAGAUUAUUUCGGAGAAAAACGCGCUGGAAAAGAACCUGAAGAAGCAUUCGUUGUUCAUUAAUGCAUUAUCUUGGAAGCGAUUCUCGACAACCAACAACAAUAAGAAGAAACUCGACAACAAAAAUAAAAACAUCACUGUUUUCCGACAACCGUUGGUGGAUAAUAUUCAUCCAGUCGUCGACAAAAACAAGAACAUUCAACAAUCGAAAUCCACCUACUACCCCAAUUCGAAAUCAACAUCAGCGUUGGCUUUGGACAUUGUUCGGGUUAACAACGCCAAUAACAACGCCAAUCAUCACGUACACUGUGACAAAGUUAUCAACAAACAGACUCUGCUCAGCCAAAAUUCCAUAGGUUCGCAGAACCAGAACCAAGUGGUGCCAGUUGCGGGUCCCACGAAGAAGACGAUCAUUCAAGCUUCCACCUCUGAACUGCUCAAGUGUUUGGGCAUCUUUUUGCACUCCAAAUGCUACAAACUAAGAGAUUUUCAGGCUGGCGACGCCGUCAUGUGGCUAAGAACGGUCGAUCGAAGUCUACUUCUACAAGGCUGGCAGGAUGUCGCUUUCAUAAACCCAGCAAACGUGGUAUUUGUCUACAUGUUGGUGCGCGAACUGGUGGACGAAGACAUAGACUGCGAACAAGAUCUGCAGGCGGUGGUGCUGACAUGUCUUUACCUCAGUUAUUCCUACAUGGGCAACGAGAUUUCCUACCCUCUGAAACCGUUCCUCGUCGAGGACUCCAAGGACAAGUUCUGGGACAGGUGUCUCGAAAUCGUGAACCGAUUGUCCUCAAACAUGCUCCGAAUAAAUGCCGAACCUUCCUAUUUCACCGAGAUCUUCACCGAACUGAAGACAUGUGGUGUUGGUAGCAUAGUAGGAAACAACGUCGCAGCGAUGGGAUGUCAAACAGUUCCGGUGGCCGCUUGCAACACAGGAUCCGCGACCGCUUGACAUAAAGAGCUAACCGUGGUUAAGCUCAAGCUGACCGAGACGCCGACCGUUCCCUGCGAAGUGUAACUGCCACCCUCUCCUAAAAAAAAAAAAAAAAACAUCCCCGUCGUAUCGGAUUAGCGACUACUACUUAAAAGAUAUGUUAAAUUGAAUACACGGUUUGUGAAAAGGAUCAAACGAUUUUAAAAAUAUGGCUUGUGAAGAACGAAUCAUUAAGAUUAUUUCAGUAUUGAAAUUGAGAUCGUUGACAUUGAAAACUUUUCUCGUCGAACAUUUCAAAUAUUUAAAUUAUGUAAAUAUUAUUUGAUAAUAUCCAAUGGACGUUUGUCCCACCUUAUGUAACGUUAAUAUUUGAAAUGUUUAUCACUUUGGUCGAUCGUUCUUUCCAAAACUCCUUAUGAAAAAAUCUAACAUAGAAAAAAUGUAGCAAAUUCUUAAAAAUAUAGGAAAAACAGAAAAAAAAGAAAAAAUGACCGCAGCUCGAUGAUUUUCAUCGUCACCAGAUAAUCGGGCAUCAAAAAUUUAAUUUUUUUAAGGCGUGACUGUUGAAACGGUAGAACUAUAAAAUUAUUUAAUUGGAUUUGUUUUCACGUUUGUGACUCCGUCGACGAGGAAAAAAUUCUAAUCCGACUGAGUUGUAUAUAUAAUAUAAACAUUAUCUAGGAUAGUUUUGUGAGAAUUUCGUACGGGGUGGUAUUAAAAAAAUUUAACUGUGUUCAUAGUCGUUUAACUGUGGAUUUUAGUUCGAUAAAAAUGGAUCGGGAAAAAUGAUUAUUAUUGAUAUU